CGGAUCCGUUGGUCACCACUCGCGGCAUCCGUUUUCAUGGAAUAACAUACUUGGAUCUGAAUCCGUUCACGGGUGAAGACUGUGUUGAUUCACUCUGGUUGAACACAACAACUGUCGACCUUCCAGCCACUGCCUCCAAGGUCACUGUGCCUUAGUUUCGAAUACUUUGCAAAUAUGGGAGUUCAUGGAUUAUGGAAUCUACUUGAACCCGUCGGCAAACCUGUACCUCUAGAAGCACUCGAAAACAAAGUUCUUGCUGUUGAUGUAUCAAUAUGGCUACAUCAAGCAACAAAAGGGUUUCGGGAUGCCCAAGGAAAUCCAUUACCAAAUGCACAUCUGCUAGGCCUAUGUCAUCGCCUUUGCAAGCUUUUAUUUUUUAAAAUAAAGCCAAUAUUUGUUUUUGAUGGUGGUAUUCCAGUGCUGAAGCGACAAACCAUGGCUUCCCGUCAAAGCAGGAGAGAUACUGCAAUAAAGAACAAUAAUGUAGUGGCAGAAAAAAUCCUAACAAAUUACAUUAAGUCAGAAAUGAUAAAUAAUCAACUUGGGAAAACCAGAGGAAAAUCUGGAGCUCCAUUAUUUAAAAAGAAAAAACAGGAACCUGAUUUAUUUCAGCUGCCACCCCUCUCAAAGGACCCUGUUGAGGAAACAUCGGAAGAUUCAGAUUUUGAGACCUAUGAAAAUGAUGUUACCGGCGAUCUGGAAUCGGUUUUGUUUCAUAUGAAAGGGCACAACAUACAUUCCGUAGACGUUACAAGUGAAGCGUUCCGCGCGUUACCAACCGAAAUACAACAUGAAAUUCUUUUGGAGCUACGAGACACUCGCAAACAGUCUUCUUGGAACAAGCUUCAUCAAAUGCCUCAAGAAGCUGAUGAUUUUUCUGGAUUUCAAAUGGAAAGGCUGUUGAAACGACGAAAUUUGCAACAACGUCUAGACGAGGUGGUAAAAGAAAUUGGCCAAAAAACCCAUGAACAGUUUGCCCUAACCAAAGGAGACGUGUCCAAGUCGUACAAAAUAGCUUCUGAUAAUGUCACUCACUACGUCUUGAUUAAAAAAGCAUUGGAACACGAAAAAAAACCGACAGAAAUGUUAUCGGGGAAAAUCGGGAAUUUCAAAGUAUCUGAGCAAUCCGUUCCUAGUUUUGACCAUGUUGGCAUUGAAGAUGUCAUGGAAGUUGAUCAAUACGAGUUUAGUCAACAAGAGCUGUUCGCAAUAAUGGAAAGCGGAAACCAAGAACAGGCAGUUGCGUGUUCCAGUUCAUCUGGUGGAGAUUCAGAUUUUGAGGAAGUUCCACCUGUCAUACAUUCACCAGUAAAUAGGCUCAUACUAGAUAUCCCAAUCAACCCUAGAUUUUCCUGUGAAGAGGAUGAUGAUAUGUUUGCCGAUGUGUUUGCCCAUGCAGUGCCGCAGAAGACAGAAAAUUCAGGAAAACGUCCGAAAGUCGAAGAAAACAUAUUAACGAAUGAAACUGAGAAAGAAAAAUCAGGAGUACAAACACAUGGGCCUUUAAGCACCUUUCAAUCAACGGAAAACAGACCUUUAUUCGAUUUACUUGAAGUGAAAAAAGGGUUUGACCGUUUAGAACGUUCGACAUAUCUUCCGCCAGAGGAAAAAAGUGAAAAGAAAAAUGUCGAGAUAUUUUUAGAAGAAACAUCGUCAUUUCCUGAAAGAUGCGACAUUAGCUCAUCUGAAAAUUCUGCUACUGGCAUUGCUCGUAUGGAGAUGCAAGAUGUUAACGCCACAUUUGUUGAGGAAGAUAUUGCGUCAAUUCCCACAGUGGGUGCUUUCACAGAAAAUGCCACAUUUGUUGACAAAAAUAUAGUGUCAGCUAUCACAGUAGGUGCUUCUCCAGGAAACACCAAAUUUGUUGACGAAGAUAUUACAUCAGCUUCCACAGUGGAUUCUUCCGCCGAAGAACCUUUCCCAUGCGAUAAUUUCAUAAAUCCUGCGUUGGUUAGUAUCAGCGUUGAAACAUGUAAAAUCAACGAGAAGAACAAAAGAAAUGGUACCGAAGAACAAAUCGGUGAAAGAAUUGAAGCUCAGGAUAAUGUCACAGACAGAAACUCGCAGAUGGGUGAUGAUGCUUCACAUAACCCUUCGAAACUUGGUGAGAGACCUGUUAUUUCCAACAAAAGAAAGGAAGAACUUGAAGAAAUGGAUAAACUGAUCCUACAAGAGCAGUCAAUCCUAAUUCAGCAACAUGGAAAGCAGGAACGCCUUGCUGCGUCAAUUACUGACCAGAUGUAUUGCGAAUCUCAGGAAUUGUUAAGAUUGUUUGGAAUUCCUUUUCUUGUGGCUCCAAUGGAAGCUGAAGCGCAAUGCGCCUUCUUAGAUGAAGCUGGUCUAACCCAAGGCACCAUAACGGAUGACAGCGAUAUUUGGCUUUUUGGAGGACGCAGAGUGUACAAAAACUUCUUCAAUAAAGGAAAAUUUGUAGAAUUCUUUGAAGCAGAAGAUAUUCAUAAGGUUUUCAAACUAGGACGCGAAAAACUUGUUCAUUUGGCUCUUUUAACCGGCAGCGAUUAUACAGAAGGUAUUCAAGGCGUCGGACCAGUUUGUGCUCUGGAAAUUUUAGCAGAGUUCCCAAGUCAGGGGUUGGAAGCAUUGGAGCAGUUUCGGGAUUGGAUUCAUAGCAUCCAGACAAAGAAAAACGCACCUCCAGAGAACAAAAUUCGACAGAAAUUACGGAAUCUCCGAGUUAAUCCCGGCUUUCCCAACCAAGCAGUUGUCGAUGCUUACAAAAAUCCAGAAGUAAACGAAUCCCUUAGUAAGUUUUCAUGGAAUGAACCUGAAAUGGAUGCUUUACGAGAUUUCCUAAACGAAAAAAUUGGCUGGAAUCGAGAUAAAUUCAACUCAGUGGUGAUUCCAGUUCUGGAAAGAUUCAAAGAGAAACAAUGCCAGACUAGAAUAGAUUCUUACUUCUCUGUUAAAUUCCCACCGAAAGCGGCUACCAUCGUAAGCAAAAGAGUGAUGAGUGCACUGCGUAAAGCGGAUUUUGGUGGGGUACAAGAACUAGUAGACAAGGUUACCGAAACAAAAAUACUUCCCAAAUUGCCAGAAGAACGAAGGAAAACACAGCAAAAUCAGAAUCCUGUGAGAAACCAUAAACGCCUGGCAGCCACGACGCCAUCCAAUGAGCCAACCGCUUCUACGUCGGGUGACAGCAGUAAUGCAGCCGAAGUUAUAUGGCAAAAAGAAACUGACAAGCAAAAACUUAUAGCCAAUAAAUUGAAAGCAAUCGAGUUGUUUAAGAAAUCAAGAGGCCGUGGUAAACGUCCUACUCAUCGACCACGACCGACGUCUUCUCUUGCAUACUUGUCGGAUUCAAAUUCAAAUUCUUCGUAACUGUGCCUUCAAUAAAAUGUUUUCAUUUUUCUA